UCUGAUAAACUGAGGAGUGACUGAGGUUGCUGUGUUUAUUUCGCUACAGUGCUUGAUUUCCGUAUUUCUACUUUCCAAGCGUGCAAUUGGAUGAAAUACAAUGACGUCAUCCAGUUCCAACCAACGGAAUCAGUUUAUGUUUUGUGUCAGUGAAAGUAACCAAUAGCAUUACCUGAAAACUUUAGAGGCGGCAAAUUUUGUUUGUGGAUGGGUGUUACCAGUAUGUAUAAAACAAAAGAUAUCUAAAAUAUACAGGUUAGUAAAGGUACGCCGUAUCCUAUUUACAACGCGAAGAUGGCUUGCAAAAGAACGCUGGAGUUUUACGGAGAGCAGAGUAGAGAUGUUACUCCUUUACGCCGGGACAACGUGGCUUUUCAAACUCCGAGUCCGAACGAAAACCGACUGGUGAAUAUGGUGAAUGCAAGUUUGAAGCGGAUAUUUGAAAAGCUGGAGACGAUGGACAAGAGAUUGGUUAAGAUGGAGGCGGACAUCAAUGAGCUCAAAGAGGCAAGAGAGGAGCCUGCUUCGAAGAAAUUAAAGAGAGCUGGGAAUAAAUCUGUUGCGGAAGCUGUAUGCAGAUUGCACAAUGGGGAAAACAACACACACAAAUAUGACCCACAGACAAGUCUAUCCUCCCCCCACAACCUCGAGGUCACAACCUAUCUCUUUAAUGGCGUCUCCAUGGCUGUACCGGACGUAGAUCCUGCUGUUGUUAAAGCAUCCUGCAAGACAUAUUUUGAAACUGUUCGAAGGGGUUACAGGAUGGCCCAAGAUGAGAACAAAGAGAAGAUGGAGGACAGCAGGAUCAUUGCUCGCACGAGACAAAGAAAAAGAAGACUGCUGAGCAGCAGGACUGGUGUUCUCCAGACAGAGGAAGAGGCAGCUAUCUGGAAGACUGCAACAGUUGACCAAAUGUCUGAAGAGGAGGAUGCCAUCUUGGAUAGAAAGACGGUGUGGGUUGUUCGGCCUCCAACCCGUAGUAAAGCUUUGUCUGCGCUGUGUGGGGUGCUACAAAAAAGACUGGAAGCAGACCAGAAGUACUUAGGAACUCAUCAUCCACGAGUUGGUGCAGAUCGAGUCACGGUGGAGACCACAGAAGCUGGCCUGUGAAUUAUUUUAGCAUUACGCAUCUAAAUAUUAUUCUAUAGUAUAAUUUGAAU